AUGGACGCGUUUGUGACAAGGAAAAAGAGGAAAGCUACGGGUAGCCCUGGCCCGGAUUCCUCCAACCGUCUCUCCGAACCUUGCGGCUAUCAUGACCCCGAAGAAGAGCCUACCGACGUCAAGCUGGCCAUGCUGUCGUCUCUGCACCCGGGUAUCGACCAAGAGACGCUCCUCGACUUUUUACUAGCCCACGACGGGUCCGUCCCGGCUACGUCCGAGUCGCUCAGAGCACCGCCGCCUCCUGCCAAGAGGCUCGGAAGUUCUGUGGUCUCGCAGGCAUCGCUGCGCUCAUAUACUACCGCGUCUUCCAUAAGCUGUGACCCUUUGCCCCCGUCCAAGAAAACAAAGCUGCUGUCCCGAAAGGGGGCCACUCUCCACCUGUUUGACCCCCUUGACAUUGGUGAGCACACGCCUUGCACCAUUAUCCACAACUUCCUUCCCCAAGAAGAUGCCAACGAACUCUUGGUUGAACUCUUGGACGAGUCCAAGACAUUUGAGAAGAUCUCGUUCAAGCUCUUCGACAACGUCGUCGCCAGCCCCCACACGUCGGGCUUUUAUGUUGGCACAUAUGAUGAGCUGGAGCAACAAAAGUAUGAAUAUGUGUACAAUGGUGCAAGGCUUUCGGACGUCCGGAAGAUCACCCCCCAGCUAGAAAAAGUCAAGGCUCGCGUGCAGACGGCCGUCAACCUCGCCAUUCAAGAACGUAUCCGCACCCGCUACGGCGGCAAGAAACUUAGGUAUCAGUCGCCCCAGCCCUGGUGCCCAAACGCCGCCUUUGUAAACUGCUACAACGGGCCACAGGAAAGCGUUGGCUGGCACAGCGACCAGUUGACUUAUCUCGGCCCGCGAGCCGUCAUAGGGUCUCUAUCUCUGGGGGUGACAAGGGAGUUUCGCGUCCGACGCGUGCUGCCCAAAGACAGGGACACAGACAAUAAUGACAGCAACAGCUUGCUUGACGAGAGCAACCCCGACGCCGAGGGCCAGAUCGCCAUCCACCUGCCGCACAACUCGCUGCUGGUCAUGCACGCCGAGAUGCAGGAGGAGUGGAAGCACUCCGUGGCGCCAGCGCAGGCCGUCGACCCACACCCCGUGUCGGGCAGCCGCCGCAUCAACAUAACGUACCGCGACUACCGCCCCGAGUUCCACCCACGUCUCACGCCGCGGUGCCGCUGCGGCAUUGCGACGGUGCUCCGCGUCGUGCAGAAGAAGCGCGACAACCGCGGGCGCUAUUUCUGGAUGUGCCACGCCGGCAAUGUGCCCGGCAAGGAGGGCUGCACCUUUUUCCAGUGGGCCGAGUUCGACAACGACGGCAACCCCAUGUUCAAGCUUGAGACCGCCGGCGGUGGCAAGGACACAAGCACCGUCUCUGCUGCUGCUGCUGCUACUGAUAACUAA